AGAUUUCAUGCAUUUGGUACAAAAUUAAUAUACAUUAAUAAAAAAUGACGGAAGAGGCUGAUUUUAGUGACCAAAUAGUUGAUGGAAAGAACAAAUCAAAUGUGCGCUGCCAGUUCUGCAAUAGUUUGAUGCUCAAGGCUCAGGAGGGCACCUUCAGCGCGGAGGAAGUGGAAGUGCCCCUGAUGAUGCAAAAACAGGACAGAACGGCGGACAGUCUAAACAGCGAGCCCUUGAAGGACUUCUGGCUGGUGAAGGACAUGAUGACGUUCGAGAAUAUAGGAUUCUCCCACACAGUGGACGGCAGGAAGUUCCUGGUUUGCGCGGACUGCGAGCGAGGACCCGUUGGCUAUCAUGAUCUGACCACCCGCCACUGUUUCCUGGCCCUCAAGAGGGUGGUCCACAAGGACUCUUAGAACCC